GGUCUAUAAAAAACUAUAUCUAUAUAUAUUUAGUAUACAUUCCACUUUGUAGAAUAUAUUUGCAAUUCAGGAGGAAAGCGCGUUAAAAUAGUAUUUCUUCACUGAAUUGUGUGAUAUUUGUUCUGAACUUUGUGAAUAACGACGCAUAAGCAUAAGGAUUUAUUUGUAAAAUAUAAUGUACCACUUGCGAGAAUCUAGGAUGAUUCGACAGUUUUCCGGCCUUGAUGAUGGCAGAAAGAACACAAAAAAGAAUAUAUAUGUAAGAGAUAUAAUGAUUGAUUGACAAUAAUCGAGAUGAAAGUUUUAAAUAUACGAUAAUAAUGAGAAGAGAGUUUUAUAUUAUCUCUAACAAAAACAAAACACAUGGCUUUUCAUUUGAGAAAUGGAACUCAAGGUUGUGUUUCGCAGGAAUUUUUUAAAUCAUUUUCAAAUUAUACAAAUGAUCUUGACAAAGUCAUUAAACCAUCGUGCUCAAGUGAAUAUAUUUUCGAAGUUGAAAAUGGAGAGUCGAGCAUUGUAACAGAAUGGAAUUUAGUUUGCGAAAAGGAAUAUCUUUCUUUACUUGGAAAUGUUAUUUAUAUUUUGGGCAAUUUAAUGGGUGCCUGGAUUGCUGGUAUUGUUGCCGAUAAAAUUGGAAGACUUCCUGUAUUGGCAAUUUGUCUCUAUACACAAGGAACGAUGGCCGUUUGUCUUUAUGUCGUUCAGGACUAUCCGGUGUUUCUUGUUGUCCGCGGACUCCAGGGCGUUUUCGUUCAAGGACUAGAGAUUUCGACAUACAUUUUGGCGCUAGAAUUAUUUUCCUCGAAAUUCCGAACAAUCGUGGGAUUAAUAAUGCAGAUAGCGUGGGCCGUUGGUUUAUCACUUUUAGCUGGACUCAGUUAUUUCAUUCCUGACUGGAGAAUUCUUCAAUUGGCCAUCUCCGUUCCUACGGCUGCCACCGUUCUCUACAUUUGGAUAAUUCCAGAAUCACCGCGUUGGCUGUUGGCAAAAGGAAAGUCAACGGAAGCUGAUAUUGCGUUGGAGAAGAUUGUGAAUUACAAUGGAUGUUGCACUAGGUGGAAAAAAAUACGGAAACAUGAUAUCGUACUCAGCGAAAACGAGACACCAACGAAACAAGAGAAGACGAGUACUUUAAGUCACGAUCGUGUUAAAAGUGCAACAGUCAACGAAACUAUUACCGAAACAAAGAAUUUACUCGAAAAUCCACCAGAAGUUAAUUCCGAAUGUCAAAAAGAAGAAAAAGAAGAAGUAGGCGAAAUGAAUUGUGAAAAUAUUCAACUUGAAUUAAAUGAUACAUUGGAAAUUUCACCGAGGGAGAAUGAGAAAAAAAAUAAUGUUGAGGAGAAAGAAAAAGAGGAUGUGGAAAGUGAAAAGUCAUUAAAUCUAAAAAAGGAGAGACACUCAAUAAGGAGAAUUUCACGACGGGAAAAUGAUAAUUAUUCUCAGAAUGAGACACCGGUUGAUGAUAAAAGAAAAGUUCAAAAGCAAGGGACAAUCAUUUCAUUAGAGGAAAAUAAGACAAUAAAGCAUCAAUUGUUAAAUGAGAAAAAGAUAAAUUCCAAUUUUCUCGAUUUGCUGAAAUAUAAAUCGACUCUUCGCCACUGUGCAGUUUUAAUUCAAAUAUGGCUUAGCUCUUCGGCUGCUUAUCAAUGUGUGGAAUUUCUUCUUCCGAAUUUAAAUUCAAAUAGGCAUAUAACUUUUGUUAUCGAAGGAGCCCUGGAAAUAGCGUCCUGCAUUUUUAUUUAUUUUGCAUUAACAAAAUAUGGAAGAAAAUGUUCAUUAAGUAUUUGCAAUGUUUUCAUUGGACUUAUUUGCAUUGGUUACGCAUCACUUGACUAUUAUUUACCUCAGUCAUCGAUAUUUUUCAUUGGUCCGGUGAAAAGAAUUUUCUUACUACUGGCAAAAAUGAUAAUUGCAAGUUCAUUUUUUACUUUGAAUUUGUGCACUGCCGAAUUGUUUCCGACAAUUCUUCGAGCAUCGUGCUUUGGAUUUUGUAUUAUUUUUGGAAAAUUUGGAAGGAUUUUAUUAUCAUAUUUCUUGGAAAUUGAGAAAAAUUACAUUCCUACAUUUGGACCAUUGAGUGUUGUGGGAAUGUUGAGUAUCGGUUCAGGUAUUGUUGCCCUAACACUUCCGGAAACAUUGAAUCGAAUACUUCCAGAUACAAUGGAGGAAGCAAACAAUUUGGGAAAAAAAUUUAAGAUAAAACGACAAAGCUUAAGAUGUACAAGAAGCGAAGAAUCACAGGAGCAAAUUUUACGGGAAAAAUUAUUUUCUGAAAAUUGGGUUGACGCUGGCAAUGGAAUAAUCGUCAAUUUCAAUGAAGGAAAAAAUUCUGGUCCAUAAUGUGAAAAAGAAAAAUUUGUUUCUUUUUCUUUCUCUCUCAUCAUUACUUGUAAAUAUUUUCAGAGGCUAAGUUACCAAAGUACAUAAAUAUUUAAAUAUUAAUUAUAAAUUUCGAAAAAUAAAUUUCUAAAAAAAUAUAAAA